UAAUUUGAGGAAUAGGAUGGCUGGUACUUCAAGGUCAGGGUCCAUUGCUCGUAUGACAUCCACUUUAACUGGUCAACGUGCUGGUAGUUUUACUGUGGAACGAGAGAAAGAGUUACAGGAGGCAUUUUUCAAGGCAUGCAGUGAGAUUGAAUGUCCACCUAAAGAAAAACAUGUGCGCACAAUCACCAUCAGCACCUGGCAAGAGAGAACUGCCCAAACGUUCUGGAUGAUGUUACAGCGCCUUCCUUACCAGUCUAAACCAGUUGUGUGUUGGAAACUUGUUACUGUGAUCCACAAGGUGAUAGUAAAUGGUCACCCAACAGUGAUAAGAGAGAGUAUAAAAUGGGUAGAUUUAGUAGAGCAGAUGCGGAGACACUGGAACUACUCAGACAGCGGAUACCCACUACUCAUAGCUUUAUAUGCCAAACUUGUUAGACAAAAGAUUAUCCUACACAGAAAGUGGCCUGUGUUUCCCAGUAACCUCGAUGUACAAGAGAAACAGUGGAAACUACCAGAAAACGACAUAAACCUUUAUUUUCAGUUAGCAGUAGAUUGUUUUGAGUACCUAGACACUAUGUUAAAGUUAGUACGGAGUGUAAAAGACGGCCUGUCCGGCACAGCCCAAUUCUCUCCACAAAUGAUACAAUGUAGACUUCACCCUUACAUCUGCAUUGUUCCUGAGAGCUAUAAUUUAUACGGUAUUAUAGUACGAAUAAUGCAGAAACUGUACUCCUCGCUCCCUCCUGAUACAUUAGAAGGGCACAACUCCCGGUUUAAAGAACUUUACAGACAACUUAACAGGUAUUAUACAGACUGUCAGGGUAUACGCUACAUAGAGGGAAUGAUAGGAAUACCGGGGCUGGAUGACCGCCCUCCUGACUUUGCCAGACACUCUACCUACACUCCUCCUCCCAGACCACGUGACUAA